AUGGACCUCAAAGGGAGCCUUGUAGAUACCAGCUUAAAAAUAUAUCCAUCAAAACAAUUUUUAGAUUUCAUAAAGGGGCAAUCAUUCAAUCAAAAUGUUCCAUUAAAUAUUGGAAAAAUUGGCAAUGGUGAGAGCUACAAGGAGAAAACCAAGGAUAAUGAGACUUUUAAACCUGUUGAUGUAAAUCUAACUAACAAGGAAAUUGAAAUCUUAAAUCAGUUCACUAAAACUGUUGAAGAUGAAAAUAAAAAUAAUGAAAAUUCAAAGCUGGAGCCUCCACCAUCUGCUGAUAAAAAGGGCAAUGACAUUGGCAACAGUGCACAAUCACUUGAGGUUAAAACAAAAGGAGAAGAAAAAGACUCUGAAGAAAAAUUGGAAGGUCCCUUCAUAUCAACAUCAGACAUUGAGUGGCUGUAUGUAUACCUAAAAGAAAAAAGAACCAAAGAUCCAGACACCCCUCACCUACACAAACUCUUAGAAGAAUCCCAAAUUGCACUUCCUGAAAACCAGGUACUAAAAAGAAACCCAGACUUGGAGGCAAGAUGUGUCAAACUCAGAGCCCAGCAAGAAGCUAGGGAGUACAGGAAAAUGACAAAAGGUGUUGAUAAUGUUAGGAUGCGGUUUCCAGAAGAUAGUAUUUCAUAUCAGUUAAAACAAAUGAAUCGGCAAUUGAUUGCAAUUGGACAAUUUAUCAUAUCCAUAUUCGCUGGAUUCUUAUUUGGCUUCAGAGGUGUUGAAUGGAUGGUUGGCAACCUAGAUUUUGGAUUUCGGUUGCUCCUUGGUGUUAUGUGUGCUCUAGUUAUAGCUUUAGCAGAAAUAUACUUCCUUGCUAAAAAACUUAAUGAAGAAUUGAGUGUGCCAGAAACCACCCAAUUAGGAGGACCACCAAAGUUUGCUGAUGAAAAGCUUAAUGAAAAUAGAAUAAGAAAAAGUAUUGAUAAACCACAUCAAGAUUAAAGUGAAAAGGCAUUUCAAAUACCUAUUUAAACAUUUAUGUUUAACUAUAAAAACAAUGUUAUUUAGCGUUAGUGUUUUAUGAGAUAAGUAAUCAUUUUAUUGAUAUAAUACAAUCUAAACCUAUGUA